ACGUACUGUGGAGGUAGUGAUAUACCUACUACAGCAAUCUGUCGCUAUGGCAAAUACCGAUAUUUGAAUAGUUUGUGGAAAGAGCUGGGAUUAGAGAUGAACGGAUUCUGUGUAUUUCAUUAUCGGUGAAAAGGAUGUGUGAAUUAUCAAGUUGAUGUUGUGCUGUUGAUUAUGUCCGUGGGAUUCAUUGUGACAGUGAAAAUCUGAGUGUAAAUGGAGUUCUCCUUCAGCGUCAAUAACUUGUUACCCGACACCAUCACACUGGUGGACGAUAAGCUGGCACCAUUCAGAUCUCGGGUGAAAAAUGACAGGUAAGUUUAUAAUAUUGCAUUGCUUAAGAAAUAAAUUUGUUAAUAUAACUAGCCAUGCUUAUAUGGAAGAAAGUAAAGGAAAAUGCAUACACCGAAGUGUAAUUAAGCUUUUCAUUUUUUUUUUUUGCCUUCUAUAGCUACCUGUGUGCAUUGCAUGUGACCUUACAUUGUAUCUUCGAAAUUAAUUCCACUUGGAAGAAAAUUUCCAUCCAUCGAACAAUGCAAAGAUUGAUGGCUAUCAGCAUGUUCGAAUCGUUUGCGGCAACUUUAUUUUAUCUGCAGCGAGUUUUUUUAUUUGCAGCAUGUCCCCUGAGUGCCACUGUUGCUGACAGGCUCAUAGUUUAUGAUUUGUAUCUUUUUUUGGUUUCAUAAUAUACAAGGUCUGAAUUUGCAAACAAACAGUCCCAGCUUAAGACAGUUAUUGACAAGAUGGGUGAAGCUUCAACAAGGGUGAGUUUGCAUUUGUGUGGCAAAAUAGACCGUUUUAAUUUCAAUGUUUACCCCUCCCCACCCCCUCCCCCAAUGCUUUUAUUAGCUGACAGUUAAUAUCAUUGAAGUACGCAGUCAUGUAACAUUUGUCAUUUUGAAACUUUCAGGCACAAGGCUUGCGAGCCCCUAUCACCAGUGCAAUCAAGCUCCAGCACUCAGAACAAAGGCUUUAUAUUAUGAAGGAACUAGCAGCCAAUAAGUAAGUCAUUUUUUUCUUGUACUGUACCUGUUGAAGCCCUCUGUCUGAAUCAAUAAGGAAGAUUUAGCGAAAAGAAGUGGCCCCAGAGGUGAUUACAAGUAGAUCUAAAAACCAGCAUUACCAGUCAGGUGGCAGGAAGGCAAUUCAACACAAACUUGCCUCCCAGCGUACAAGAUAAUGUCUGUAAAAUUUGGUGACUGUGCCAAGCAGUAUCUUCAAUAGUUUACAACAAAUCACUCACAAAAUUGGCAUCUUUCCUAAUUUUAAGGUGAUUUUUGCUCACUGGUCCCAUUCAAAAGUUGAAAAAAAAACACAUGGAAUGGUACAUGUGUAUAUUAUGAACGAUUGUUCAUGAGGACACUUAUUAAAGAGUAUUUUGCUUUGUACCCUAGUGGGUUAGGUGCAGCUGUGGGGAUUAUUAAAGUUGGUCAGAAGAAACUGUUUUUAUUGGUAAGUAUUUACUCUUUAUGCUGUGUUCAGUAGAGCCUGUUGAGAAAAUAGCCAACAUUUUGAGAUGCAACCACUGAUUUCCCCACAUAAUGACAUCCUGACAUGCUGGGAUCAGUUUCUGGGAAACUGCCCAAACACCCCACGCCUAACCCAUGUUUCUGCCCUUAAGUCAAAUGUCAGUGAGAAACAUGGAUUAGGGGUGGGGUGGGUGGACAGUUUUCCAGAAACCUUAACUGAUCCACAUACUCUAGGGAGCAGAAAGAGGAUUAAAAGUCAAAAAAGAAAAAAAAUGACUGCCUGUACUCUCAGAUUUAGAACCAAUAAAUUGACAUAGCAAGAUAAUCUUAUUAUUAACCCAGCGUUCUCUCUUAAAGUAUGGUAAGUACAUGCUUGACAAAUUUUCCCUUCUUCAUUGACAAAACUUGACAGAUUUAGUGCAUUAUUUUGAUUUGCCUGUCAGUUAUGAAAAUUGUGCUUUCUGUUUAUUCAUAUCUAAAAGAUCCAGCUAGAAUGUAAUACAGUCAAAAUCUGCUUCACAGACACCCUCUUGUUAUGGACAGUUUGCUUUUUCCCUGGGGAAACAAAGCCCUACAUUUUCAAUAUGGAUGCCUCGUUAAUGUGGACACUUUCCAUGGCCCCCCUCAGGGCCUGUAUUACACAGGGUUUGACUGUAUGAAUGCUUGUUUUUACAUCAGGACAUGCAAAGUGUUCAGUAUGAGGUGCAUCCCUUGUGUGUGCUGGAUUUCUACAUCCAUGAGACUCGCCAGAGGACAGGGUGUGGCAAAAGACUGUUUGAGCAUAUGCUGAAGGUUUGUAUUAUAGAUUACUAUCUAGAUAGGCUUAUCAGGGUUUAGUAUUACUCUCAUUAUAGAGAUUUGUGCACGCGGGGUCAGCGGCCAGCGAGCAUGAUGACAGAGUUUAUUCUAGCUCUGCUAGACUUUAUUUGUUUUUUCUAUUUUUUCUGUAACUUUAAGGGGCACAAUAUUAGUUUAUCUAGACAUGCCUGUCUUCUCCCCUUCCUAUAUACAAUGUGAUUUAAGUGCUGUAAUUUUUUAUUGUACAUUUUCUUUCUGUGUAAAUUUUAUUUGUAAAUUACUUUUUCACCGUAUAUCUAAUUUUGUAUUAUCAUCUGCUAAGGUGUGGAGAAAUAAAUAAAAUGAAAUGAAAAAAAAAAGUUUGCGCACUCUCAUCAGUUGAGGAUUGCAUCCUACAUGUAUGUUGCUAUAAUCAACCCACACAGGGUGACUAUUUUGAUCUCUGCUGACUUUUUCUUGUGGAUUAUUCACCUAUAUUAACUACGACUUUGGCAAUAACUGCUAAAUAACAUUAUUAUAAUCUUACCCAAACUUGUCAUAAAUGGGCUCUUCAAAUGUGUUUUGCCCCUCAUCCAAAGUAGGCUUGUAAAACAAAGUUCAUAUAGGGGGAUGAACUUAAUGUAAGAAUACCUGUAAUCUGAAAUUACACUCUCUGAAAGAGCUUUAUCAAACCAUGGGCAUAGUUACCUAGUAAUGUUGUUGAAGCCGGUACCCUUGAACUUUUUAAAUGUAAACUCAAAUCCUUUUUAAAGUUGUAAUUUUUAUUGUUUGUUUGUUGUUUUUAGGAGAGUUUUAUUCAUAGGGUUAACCUCUAGACUCUCCCUUUCAAAUUUAUGUAGUUAUAUAUGAGUUUGAAUAAACAUGUAUGUUGAUGUUGUUGAUGUUAUUAUUUCAUCCUUGCUAUUUCAAAACAGACCCCUGGUGCCAGGGCACAUGUUUGUACAUUAAGUGGUGUUCUUUUGUCCAUUUGUGUGGAUUUGUUGUUUCUCCAAUGUGGUUUUAUUUUUGUUUUCAUUGUUUUCUUGCAGAUGGAAGGUAGGAUGGUUCACCACCUAGCAAUUGACAGGCCUUCACAUAAGUUUGUCUCCUUCCUGAAGAAGUAUUAUGGUUUAAAGAAUGCAAUACCUCAGGUUAGGGAGAAUUUUAUUUAAAGUAGUAUUAGUAGUAAUGAUAAUGAUAUUGAAUACAUUAUUGAUGAUGAUAAUUAACAAUUAUUGAGUGAGUCUGAGUAUCAUCUGAAGAAUGAUGAAGAUUGAGGAAGGUGUUAUCAUCCUCGGCCUUAUCGGCCUGGGUGGAUAACUCCCUCCUCGAUCUCCAUAACUUUUCAGAUGAUGCUCAGCCUUAUCUAAUAAUUGAUAAUUAUAAUGAUAUCGAUAAAGAUGAUGAUAACAAUACAAUAAUGAUAACGAUAAUGAUACAGAUAUCGAUAAUGAUAAUUAUAAUGUUAAUGAUAAUGGCAGUAAUAUUUAAUAAAUUAAUUCAUGCCAUUCAUGAAUUUGAACAUUUUUUUGUAUGGCAAUAGCUAUGGUUAGGUUUUUGCAUGGUCUUAAAAUUGACGCAGAUUUGACAGAUAUUGACCAAUAUCUGCAGUAUUAUAUAUACAAACUUCAACUGUAUUAUAAAUAUGAUACUUUUCGUUCCAGGCCAAUAACUUUGUGAUCCAUGAGCACUUUUUCUCGGAUCUGGAAGGUAAGUAUUGUUGUCUAAAAGCAGUUUAAUGACAAAGCGCAUCGAUUGCAGUAGUGAUUUAGUUACUACAAAUUAUUAUUUUCAGAUACUACAGCAACUGAUUCAAGCAAAGAUUGUAAAUGCCCCCGCAGAGAUUUCGCACAGGAGGCGAAAUCCCGAAGGGGUAUGUUAGUAGCUCGCGCAUACAUAAAGAAAAGUACUUACAGUUCAAAUAUACAGUCAGUUUACAUUUGCCAGAAAAAGUAUCGAUUUGUUAAAAACUGGGACUGCAUGGAAUUGUUGGGUAAUAAUGACGUUUCAGCGCUGAACGAAGUAUGAAAUGGUUAAGGAUGACGUAAAACAGAAAAUACUCAAAGGGACUUCCUGGGUUGAUUUUGUGACAUUCAUUUUUCAGUCUGUACUUCGAUACUCUUUUUCGUUACGCGUGUUCAGUGACAUUCUGUGGAGCAGCUGUUUUGAGGAUAUUAAAGAAAAACUAAAAUUUACAUUUCUUUGUCUCAUUUUCCUCUCUUAAACAACCAUCAUAAACCCACUGACCACGAAAGAGAUAAUCUCGAGUGUGACCGAAAUUAUCUGAAAUUAUGGACCGAAAGACACUCGGUAAGCAUGAACGUAAGUUAUAAGGGGCGUAUGACUGUGUAUAAGCACUUGAAGGGUUUGCCAGACGCGAGUUUAUCAUUCACAAAUCUUUGAUUGGAAACGAUUUGUCAGACACAAAUCACUGUUGGGGAACGGAAGACUCAUGCAGUCCACAAACAAGCAAGUUUCCCUCAGCGAACGAGUGAAUUAAACUAGCUUAUUAGCAGACUAAUGGGCGAUUACAGAAAUUUGCCGACAAUUAAAUUCUCUGCUUACGUAUUCCCUUUUCCCCUUUCGAUAUCCCUCUAUUAAGCUUUUUUCUUAAAAAUCAAAAAAGCGAAGUAUUGUCUUAAAUGCCCUUUUAGGUUUUUUUAAAAAAUGACUAAACGCAAGUGUAAAUGGAUCAAAGCUUAAAUUCCUGAGUCUCCAGCGCUUUCCAGCCGGCUAAAAAUGAACUGUAUGUAAAUAGUAAAAGAGAAACAGAGAAAAAUUACCACUUGUAAUCAAAUCUUUUCUGGUAGUUUUGAGAGUGAAUCAAUGCUUUGACUGCAUGGAAUAUGUGAAAAUUUUCAAUAUGAAUCGGUUAUAUUUCAAAGAGGUACGCAAAGACCAAGGAUACAAUUGAUCGACAACAUACAGAGCGGGGACAGCUGUAGCGUCAACUUUUAUUAGUAAUAUUAUAAUAAAAAUUUUGUCUUGUGGUGAUGCACUCAAAUGAUGUUUAAGAGUCCUUUCCAAAGUUUUUUUUUUUUUUAACUUUUGACAUGGACAAGUUAGGGAAAAUCCUUCAACUCCACUAAAAAGAGCGCCUUUAGUUAAUAACAUUGCCAAGCGUAAAAGUGAUUUUUUGAAAACUAACCAAGGUAUAGCUCCUCAAAGCCGAGAAAUUUUACAGAAGCUAUGUCUUUACUCGCUUAAUCCUUUAAGUCCCAAUAGUGACCAACAUCAAUUUUCUCCCAACAAUAUCCAUAGGUUGUCAAAAGAAACGGUUACGAGAAUUAAUAAAAUGAUCAUAGAAUAGAAAGUGCAUUGAUCUUUUAUCAAAUUCUCUCAACUAAUUCCUUAAGGAAAUGUAUAGAGAUCAGUUUGGAGAAUUUGUUUGGGGCUUAAAGGGUUAAGACGUAUCAAUUUCAAACUUGGCAAGUUUACUAAUUUUAAGGUCCUCUUCCCAGUGUUGUCAACGGAUUUUCCCUAACUAUAGUGCGUGUCAAAAGUUAAACAAAACCGUGAAAGGGUCCAUUGGAAGUGCGGCUGAAAUCCGGCAGGACACCACAGACUGUUCAGUAACCCUCUGUGUCUGGUGGAAAGAAGAAAGACGUGUCUAUCGCGCGUGAAAGUACUUUACUUUCAACUUGAAUCCCUAGCAAAAGAACCUGUUGUAGAUUUUUGGUGAAACUUGGUACACUGUCGUGAAUAGUUAAGAAGAUCGUAAAGACGUGAAAAAAGGGGGAUCGCCGUGGUCGUUUCCGUGCUAUAAUACUGACGGAUACGGCCGUUUAGGCACCUUCUGUAAUAACCGCCCCCAACCUUAAACUGUUCAUUGUUUAUCCAGUUACCUUCCCAGAAAAAUGUCUUUGAAUACCUUAGUUUUUCUUUACUUUCCUUGGUAGGCUUAUUUUAAAUGCACUGUUUGACUCAUUGUCUCAAUAGUUAGAAACUUGUUCAAAUAGCAAAAAACUGGUCAUAGAUUUGUGACAAUUAAUUUUUCUUGUUGCUGUAGAGCUGCAGAGAUUGCACCCCGAUUUUCGAUUUACAGGUGUUGUGCACUUUCCAAGGUCUGUCCUCCUCUUCGAUCGACUUCUAUUUAACUAUCUUUCUUUAGAAGCUCUCUUCAUGGUCGCCAUCGUGUUAUGGAAUGUAAGAGAUGAACACUGCCAAACCAGCGAAUUAUCUUAAGCUAACUCAAGUCGCUGUUUUCUGUUUUUAUUUAGCUGUUGGUUAUGUACCUCGCCGAAGUCAGCGUUUUGGUACCCAGAAUGCAUCUCAGCCCGGAAGGCCUCCUAUUCACCCAUAUAGAAGAACAAGUAAGAUCAGCAAGCAGUGACAGUUUCUCAUACAUCAGGAGCACCCAACGACAUUUUCCUCCUAAAUACAUUGAAGACACUGUUUAGGCUAUCCAGAGUAUCCGUAGAAAUACAUUCUAAGUGGGGCUAUAAAAUUUGUAUCUGUUCGGUCAUCUUAGGGGAACUUAUUAUUAGUGUUUUGAAUGGAACGGUUAUCUAGAAAUUUUUAGCUGUCCUCAAGCUGUAGAAAAUUCUAGGCAAUAUUUGCUUCUCUUCUCCGAACAUAUAUUUUACAAAAAACAGUCGUUGGGUGCCCCUGAAAAAAAUGAAAAUUGACUCCAAUUCAAAGAGGACAGAGGGCAAAUUGUUGUUGCUCGAAAUAUCUAAAAGUCGUAACUGUUCGUCCGUAGGAUAUUUUAGGUUGUGCAUUACAAUAAAAUUAUUAGGCCAAACACACUUUUUGGGAAGUAAAAAGGAAUAACAAAUCCUGUUGUAACGCAAAAGAGACGUUUUUUUUUCUACCGCAAGGAUUUGAAGUUCUCACAACAGGUGUUUUUUUUCUUCGCAACAGGCCAAAGUAACGGUGAACCGUCGCUCCUGCAGAAGCGCCAUUCCAGCUCAAGUCGGCCAAACAGUGGCCGAGAAUUUUCAGCACUUUCCAGUCACACGGUCGAAGGAAGAGAAACGGAUUCACGUGACCAUUUCCGGAUAAAAGAUUCACUUCAGGAUAUAAACUUGCCUCCCCUUGUACCCAGGCCCUUAUCGCGAAACUCUACUCCAGGCUCGCGCGGCUCUUCAGCAGGGGGGAGGCCUGUGACGAGGGAGAUGGAACUAAGGUAGGAUGACUCAUUAUAAGUACAAGAACGUGUUGAAUUUGAAUGCUUCGUGUACACUGUUUUAAGAAGAUCCUUGUAACAGGCCAGGACUAGAUCGAGGUUAAAGUGUGUGUUUGUAUACUGUCACAAAGACAUGGUUUCGAACAUUUUUUUCACCAGAUAAUUCGAAUCAGGCACAUAGGUCUCUUUUCAUUGUAAUUCGCCCUAAAAACGACCAAAAUUUAGUGUGCGUCCAUGCUAAAUUUCGGUCUUCUUCUCGUAAAACACUAGAAACACUGAAGCAACCAGUUAUGUUCGUUCUGAAGCAUUCAACGCGUCACGUGGUUUGGCGGCUCGCGCAACUCGUUAUAGCCGGCAUUCAAAUCGUGGAGGGUCAGCUGAUAUUAUCAAGUCGAAAAGGAACGUGGAAGCGAUGGACAGCACCGCUGACAGUAGCAGUAGCUAUCUCAGGAGCAAUAGUGGAGGAAGGAUAAGAUCGCUGCAUCUCACUUCCGCUGAAAAUCCGUUUCACGGACAACAAUCAGCAACAGUGCAGAUGGCCGAAAAGCAGCAGCAUGAACAGUUGAGUAACAUAAAAUCCUUUUUCUCGUAGAAAUAUUCUUAGAUUAUCGUACAGUUCUUCCUGGGGAUUCUUUUAUGUUGCUAACCUUUCUAACAACUUUAAAGUCGUAUUUCAUUCUUUUCUGCUCUUUUGUUUUAACCAGAGUUACACAAAUGGUGCCAUCAAAUGACAAACCUAAACAGGACUACAACUCGAACGUUUCCGAUAAACAACCCGGGGAAGCAGAAACACAAAGUGGACUUACUUCAUCAGGAAACUUUUCCGUCACUUCACUUUUUAACUCUCACUUUGGCGUGCGUCCACCUUUCAUGGGUAGUUCAUGGAACAUUUUCGGUGUACCGACGUACUCCAGUUCGGCAAAUAACAUGUACGCGAGAAGAACUAGUCAAAGACAUCAUCCGUUUUAACCAACGAAAACGUAGCCUGCGUGGCAGGCGCUGGUUAGUUUUUAUGAAGCGCGCGAGGGGAACACGCGAUGGGGAGAGGAGGUCUCCUCUUCUUUUCUCCUCUCGUGUGCGCGCGUGUCCUCGAUAUUUCUCCUUUCACCCUAAAAAAACCCGGUACCUUCUUCGCAGGCUAACAAAGAGGCAAUCAGACCUACCUCUCGGAAGUUGUAUUCACGAAAUGCCUUGGAAGAGUGCUAUUCUGUUGAUAAACACUGAUUUGGUU